CCCCGCGCGCCCGCCCACAGUGGGUGAGAGGUCGGCGGGCGGGCGCGUGGCCCGAGGGCAGCGGACCAUGGCGGCGGAGGCGGCGCCCGUCAGCCCGCUCAAGAACCUGCUGGCCGGCGGCUUCGGCGGCAUGUGCCUGGUGUUCGUGGGGCACCCGCUGGACACCGUCAAGGUCCGACUGCAGACACAGCCCCCGAGUUUGCCUGGACAGCCCCCAAUGUACUCUGGGACCUUUGACUGUUUCCGGAAGACUCUUAUGAGAGAGGGCAUCACGGGGCUGUAUCGGGGCAUGGCUGCCCCCAUCAUCGGGGUCACCCCCAUGUUCGCUGUGUGCUUCUUUGGGUUUGGUUUGGGGAAGAAACUGCAACAGAAAUGCCCAGAAGAUGUGCUCAGCUACCCCCAGCUGUUUGCAGCUGGCAUGUUAUCCGGUGUGUUCACCACGGGAAUCAUGACCCCUGGAGAACGGAUCAAGUGCUUGUUGCAGGUUCAGGCCUCUUCAGGGCAGACCAAGUACACUGGUGCCCUGGACUGUGCGAGGAAGCUGUGCCAGGAGUCCGGGAUCCGAGGCAUCUACAAGGGAACUGUGCUCACCCUCAUGCGAGAUGUCCCAGCCAGUGGGAUGUACUUCAUGACCUAUGAGUGGCUGAAAAACAUCUUCACUCCGGAGGGAAAGAGCGCCAAUGAGCUCAGCGUGCCUAGGAUCCUGACGGCAGGGGGCAUGGCAGGGAUCUUCAACUGGGCCGUGGCGAUCCCCCCCGACGUGCUCAAGUCCCGCUUCCAGACCGCGCCUCCUGGAAAAUACCCCAACGGCUUCAGAGAUGUGCUGAAGGAGCUGAUCCGGAACGAGGGGGUCAUGUCCUUGUACAAGGGGUUCAAUGCAGUGAUGAUCAGAGCCUUCCCGGCCAAUGCGGCCUGUUUCCUGGGCUUUGAAGUAGCCAUGAAGUUCCUUAAUUGGGCCGUCCCCAACUUGUGAAGCGGAAGGCCGCUCAGGGCUUUUGGAUGGAGGUUGGAAGCCAUCGCCAAGGAGCAGCAGCGGGCAGGACAGGCUGCCCCCAAGGGGGAGGGGAGGGGGGUGGGAUCAGAGCUGCAGGUGGACUUGUCAAGACCGCUGCCUUAAUGACAUCCUUUGUCUGCUCUCAUUGGGUGUGCCCUGUUGAAACUAGAAUUCACUCUCGUCAAUUUAAGGGAUCUCAGGGGGAGAUACAGUAAAUAGCUUCUAGACCAGUUUGCCCCUGCGGCCAGGGAGCUGUCUGCUGGCUGAGCAGUGCCCCCGCUACACCCAAAAUACUCCUUGAGAAAGGGAAUCACAGCCCCUCACUGGAGGCACUACACAUGUUUCCAACCAGUGGACCUGGAGCACGGGUCUCCUUCCGUCCCUAGCCAGGAACACCCACCAGAUCUCCAAGGUAUGUCUUGUCCUGGCUGCACAUGGGGGUGUGCACUUGAGGCCCAAGUUCCUCUGUCCCGGAGGACUGAGUAAAUGUGCCUGGGGCAGGUAGCGUGUUGAUGGGAGGGUGGAUGUUUUUCCACACAUGCAAGUAAUCAAAAUUAAAAUGACACUGGCCCAUUUCCCAUUACUGUGACCGGGUGGAGAGCUUGGGAUGAACAGGGCCAGCCCUGGGGUCAGUGAGGAAGCCUGGGGUAGGAAGACUCCUUUCCUUCUGUACUGUCUCCCACAAGAGCACCCUGUUCUAACAGAAAACAAUAAAUGCUGUUUCUCAUUUUU